UUGCAAAUGUACUGACAGGUAGCAAGCACUUCUGAAGCAGAGGGGUUCUUUGGUCUGCCACUGUCAGGAACGAUGCAGUCUGCAUUCUCGUGUCACAGCAGGGAUGCUGAGAAAGAAUCCGACGAGCCAUCGCAGAGAGGUCACGGCUUGCGUCGCAAACGAGAAUUUACACCAGAAGAGAAAAAGGAUGCCUCCUACUGGGAAAAACGUCGCAAGAACAAUGAGGCAGCCAAACGUUCGCGGGAGAAGCGCAGAGCAAAUGACUUCAUGCUGGAGACCCGGCUAGUAGCACUGAGCGAGGAAAACGCGGCGCUACGAGCUGAGCUACUGGCGAUGAACCUCCGGUAUGGCCUGCUCGGCUCUAACUGUCCUUACACGUCUCAUCAGAGGAGCAUCCUGCAGAUGCAUUCUUAUUUAGCUCAAGCAUCAAACACCUACCCAGACAGAGAGCUUUGGGAAAGGGACAAAAUGAGUCAUGAGUCUUCUCAGUGGCCUGGAUACCAACAAGCAACUGAAGCCCUUGCAGCACAUUACGGCUCUAACUUUGUUGCCACACACUCCUUCCCCAUCAACAGGUCCUAUUCCUAUGUUCCAGAUGUUCCUAGUUUAAUUCCCUCUACAAGCACGCCCAUGGUCUUAGCUCCUGUGUUCCCACAACUGGCUGCCUCUUUCCCCGAAAUUCCAGGGCUAAAUCCAGUGGGUCAGAGAACAACGAUACACAAGGAGGUUGAGCAGCAGCCACAAGCCAACGGCAGUGCCAUGCUGCCGCACAAGCUGAGGCUAAAGAAUCCGAGAUCAUCAAAGAAAAAAGAAGAUAGAAACUCAACUCCGUCUCCACUCCCAAUAUAUGUGUCCAGCUAAAGAAAGAUGCUUGCUACAUGGUAACAAAUAAAAUAAAUGAACCUAUCGUUUAGUUUUAAAUUUCAAUAAAACAAUUAUAAUAAAAUGUAAAGAAAAAAAAAGAAAA